GCAGCCCAGGGCCCGCCGGCGCUGAGCCGGGCAAAUCCUCCUCUCUGCCUCCCCUGCGGAGGCUCCGGGGUCCUCCCACCCCCGGCGCCCGACCCCGGGGCGAGAUGCCUCUGAAGGUGGUGGUGGAGCUGCAGAUCCACGCGGUCACAUGCCCUGGUGUGUUCUUGCCAGAGAAACAUGGUGUUUACCUCAGUGUUUGCGUUCUGGGUCAAUACAAGGAGACAGACUGCCUUCCUCCAAUUUUUCCCCUCUUGUUUCAUGAGAAGAUGUGGUUUGAAAAGGUUUUUGAAAGUGCCACAGAUCCUGCUGCUGUAAUGGAGAUGCUGGAAAACAAUGUGACGAAAUUUGGAUUAACUCAACUAGUACCUCCAGUAGGGGACGAUCUGGCUUUUUAUGAAGAGAGUACUCGAGAUUUUCUCUUCCCCGAGCCCAUGCUGAUGCCUGCGUAUCCUGGUGUGGACAGAGAGGUAUUGAUGAAAACGGCUCCUGGUUUUCCAGGAAUUGCACCAAAAAUAGAGUUUUCUACAAGAACAACCAUCAUAGAGCUUCCGUGUCAGUACAGGAAGCCAAUUCGUGGCAGAAACAGAACAAGGAUACAAAGAUCUGCAUCUGUGUCGCCCACACGGAGGAGUAUUUCAUCUACACGAUGUAAGACAGCUAAGAAAAAGGAUAAGAUCUGUAAAAGACUGACACGAUCAUUAAGGUCUCACUCCCCUUCUCCAAAUACUACAAAGCUCUUCAGAGAAAACCAGCUGCAGCUAUCUAGGCUGAGCCUGGGGUCUGCUGGAUACCAGGCAGGAGCUGAAGUCAGGCCACCAUUUGUAGUUAGACAUGUAGACAGUAAUAACCCAUUUGGUGAAAAAAGUUCCCCAGAGUUACGUCAUCGAAAUGUGAAACAAAAUAUGAGACCAUCAAGGGAUUCUCUUGAAUUUCAGUUGAAACAAGCAUUAUCUUUUGAUAACUGUGAAGCAUCAAAUACCUCAGUUAAGGUCAUCAGGGAGCCAGAUGAACAGAACACAUCUGAACACGAUUCAUCAUCUCUUGACACUGAUGAACUUGUAAAUUAUUCACAUUCUCCCACUCAAAGAGAUUCAGCUUUUCAACGCACAGCUUCAUUUGCCACCUCUCGACAUCACAGGUCACCAAGUCCUGCUCGGAGUCACUCUCCUCCCCAACACAGUUGGGAAAGGAUCCAUGAGAGAGUACGGAGCCUUCUCACCUCAAACCAGGCCAGGCAGAGGCUUUCAUUUGGAGCCACUGAAUCUGAGGUUGAUGAGGUCCUUGAAAGAAGGUGCAUCUCUUUGAGGAGUUCCCCACAGAAUGACCUACUGGAGCAAAGAUAUUGCUAAGAAGUUGUCUUUGAAAAGUCAUACUUGUCUAAUUCUCUUAGGAGGGACAGCUCAACAACUUCUGGAAACCGAUUUGAAGAAUGAGUUCUGACUGACACCUCCAUUUCAGAGUUGGGGAGUGGUUUGUUUUCCAUGUGGUGUUUAGUCUAAUCUGUCUUGAAGUGAAGCUAUGCAUUGUACUGUGCUUGCUAUGAGUAGCUGAUUUAAAUGAUUGUGCCGUAUGGCUCAGGUAUAAUUUUCUCAGAAGUAUAAAUUUGUUCAUUAAUUGAGAACUAUAAAAAAUUGCAAUAAUGAUGCAGAUCUCUGGGCACUGGUUGUUCGCAAUAUUUUCUGUAAGUAUCACAUUUGUAAUUAUCACAAAGAUUUACAGAAUCAGAAUGGGUUGUCUGGAAUGAAUUUCGUUCUGUAAAAAUCAGUUUCUCUUUCAAGAUGGGCACGGAAUUCUCAUUAGUGCUCUUGUACAGAGAAGAGAGGGGACCCUUUCAAUGCUUCAUUACUACCUGAUGUUCACUUUUUCAGAUAACCAGUUAAAAUUAAUCUUUACCAAAUGUUCUUGGAACACUCAUUUUAAUAAAACAUUUCAAGUUAUUGACCUAC